CCGGCAGUGCGGAGCGGCGUGCCUGUGUCCCUCACGCGGCGGCGGCGGCGGCGGCGGCGGAGACAUGGAGGAAGCCGCGGCCGGAGUGGGCCGCUUCAAGGCUAACUAUGCUGUCGAACGCAAGAUUGAGCCUUUCUACAAGGGCGGGAAGGUGCAGCUGGACCAGACCGGGCAGCACCUCUUCUGCGUCUGUGGUACCAAAGUCAACAUCCUGGACGUGGCCUCGGGGGCUGUGCUGCGGAGCCUGGAGCAGGAGGACCAGGAGGACAUCACCGCCUUUGACCUCAGCCCCGAUGAUGAGGUGCUGGUGACAGCCAGCCGGGCACUGCUGCUGGCUCAGUGGGCCUGGCGAGAGGGUAGCAUCACCCGCCUGUGGAAGGCCAUACACACAGCCCCUGUGGCCACCAUGGCUUUCGACCCCACCUCCACGCUGUUAGCCACAGGCGGCUGUGAUGGGGCUGUACGUGUCUGGGACGUCGUGCGGCAUUAUGGGACGCACCACUUUCGGGGCUCGCCCGGUGUCGUGCAUUUGGUGGCCUUCCACCCGGACCCCGCCCGCCUGCUGCUCUUCUCCUCAGCCAUAGAUGCCACCAUCCGCAUGUGGUCGCUGCAGGACCGAUCAUGCCUGGCCGUACUGUCUGCCCACUACAGUGCUGUCACCUCGCUGACCUUUAGUGCCGAUGGCCACACCAUGCUCAGCUCGGGCCGGGACAAGAUCUGCAUUGUCUGGGACCUGCGGAGCCACCAGGCCCUGAGGACCAUCCCAGUGUUUGAGAGUGUGGAGGCCGCAGUCCUAUUGCCAGAAGAGCCAGCCCCCAAGCUGGGUGUGAAGUCAUCAGGCCUGCACUUCCUGACAGCUGGCAGCCAAGGCGUGCUGCGCGUGUGGGAGGCAGCCUCUGGGCAGUGUGUAUACACACAGCAGCAGCUGUCAGGCCCUGGGCAGGAGCUGACCCACUGUGCCCUGGUCCGAGCCGCCGGCCUCCUCCUCAGUGUCACUGCUGACCACAACCUGCUGCUCUACGAGGCACAUUCCCUGCAGCUGCAGAAACAGUUUGCUGGCUACAGUGAGGAGGUGUUGGACGUCCGGUUCCUUGGGCCGGAGGACUCCCACAUUGUUGUGGCCUCCAACAGCCCCUGCCUGAAAGUCUUUGAGCUGCAGACAUCAGCCUGCCAGAUUCUCCACGGCCACACAGAUAUCGUCUUGGCCCUCGAUGUGUUCCGGAAGGGGUGGCUCUUUGCCAGCUGCGCCAAGGACCAGAGCAUCCGCGUCUGGAGGAUGAACAAGGCUGGCAGGGUGACCUGUGUAGCUCAGGGCUCCGGGCACACACACAGCGUGGGCACCAUCUGCUGCUCUAGGCUGAAGGAGACCUUCCUGGUGACGGGCAGCCAGGACUGCACCGUGAAGCUGUGGCCCCUCCCCGAAGCCCAGCUACCCAAGAGCACAGCCCCAGACAGUGGCCCUGCCGUCCUACAGGCCCAGGCCACACAGCGCUGCCACGAUAAGGACAUCAACAGUGUGGCCGUUGCCCCCAAUGAUAAGCUGCUGGCCACAGGCUCACAGGACCGCACAGCCAAGCUCUGGGCUCUGCCACAGUGCCAGCUGCUGGGCAUCUUCUCAGGCCACCGGCGUGGCCUCUGGUGUGUCCAGUUCUCACCCAUGGACCAGGUCCUGGCCACGGCCUCAGCUGAUGGCACCAUCAAGCUCUGGGCACUACAGGACUUCAGCUGCCUCAAGACGUUCGAAGGACAUGAUGCUUCUGUGCUGAAGGUGGCCUUUGUGAGCCGUGGCACACAGCUGCUGUCCAGCGGCUCCGAUGGGCUCGUGAAGCUCUGGACCAUCAAAAACAACGAGUGUGUGAGGACGCUGGAUGCGCACGACGACAAGGUCUGGGGGCUGCACUGCAGCCGGCUGGACGACCACGCCCUCACUGGCGCCAGUGACUCCUGUGUCAUCCUCUGGAAGGAUGUAACCGAGGCAGAGCAAGCAGAGGAGCAGGCCAAGCGAGAGGAACAGGUGGUCAGGCAGCAAGAACUGGACAACCUGCUCCAGGAGAAGCGGUACCUGCGGGCACUGGGCCUGGCCAUCUCCCUGGACCGGCCCCACACUGUACUGACUGUUAUCCAGGCCAUCCGUAGGGACCCUGAGGCCUGUGAGAAGCUGGAAGCCACAGUGCUCCGACUGCGGCGAGACCAGAAAGAGGCCUUGCUGCGUUUCUGUGUCACAUGGAACACCAACUCGCGGCAUUGCCAUGAAGCCCAGGCUGUGCUAGGUGUGCUCCUGCGGCACGAGGCCCCGGAAGAGCUGCUGGCCUACGAGGGUGUUCGGGCCUCCCUGGAGGCCCUGCUGCCCUACACUGAGCGCCACUUUCAGCGGCUCAGCCGGACACUGCAGGCAGCCACCUUCCUGGACUUCCUGUGGCACAACAUGAAGCUGCCCACUCUCCCUGCGGCCCCCUCAGCCCUCUGAAACACGCAGAAGGUGUACUCUUCUAUCCCAG